CAGUUGCAAAGGCCCCGCAUUAAAAAAACCGAGUGAAUGAAGUCAGCUGACCUGAGUCCACUGUCACGCACCGCAGUAUCCAGCAUUUCUCUGUCGAGGGAAGACGCUAAAGGUACACUUCACGAUCAGACGUCGUACAACUAAUCUAUCAAGAUGGACAUGUCCAAGCUGCCCAAGAUCCGAGAUGAAGACAGAGAGAGUCAGUUUGGAUUCGUUCAUGGCGUCUCUGGACCAGUGGUAACGGCCACGGCCAUGGCAGGAGCAGCCAUGUACGAGCUGGUUCGUGUGGGCCACAGUGAGCUGGUGGGAGAGAUCAUCAGGCUGGAGGGAGACAUGGCCACCAUCCAGGUCUACGAGGAGACGUCUGGAGUGUCGGUGGGAGACCCCGUGCUGCGGACAGGGAAGCCUCUUUCUGUCGAGCUGGGUCCAGGAAUCAUGGGGUCCAUCUUUGAUGGUAUCCAGCGACCCUUGAAGGACAUUAAUGACAUCACACAGAGUAUCUACAUCCCCAGAGGAGUAAACAUCGGGGCCCUCAACCGAGACCUGAAGUGGGAGUUUACUCCUAGCAAGAGCCUGCGGGUGGGCAGUCACAUCACUGGGGGAGACAUCUAUGGGUUAGUGUAUGAGAACUCCCUUAUCAAGCACAAAAUCAUGCUACCUCCCAAGAACAGGGGCACCGUGACCUAUGUGGCUCCACCUGGAAACUAUGAUGUCACCGAUGUGGUGAUGGAGCUGGAGUUUGAGGGUGUGAAGGAGAAGUUCACCAUGGUGCAGGUGUGGCCUGUCAGGCAGGUGCGGCCUGUCACAGAGAAGCUGCCCGCUAAUCACCCGCUGCUGACUGGACAAAGAGUCCUGGACGCCCUUUUCCCAUGUGUGCAGGGAGGAACCACCGCUAUCCCAGGAGCCUUUGGCUGCGGAAAAACCGUCAUCUCUCAGUCCCUGUCCAAGUACUCCAACAGUGACGUCAUCGUCUACGUAGGCUGCGGGGAGCGUGGUAACGAGAUGUCAGAAGUACUGCGAGACUUCCCUGAGCUGACAAUGGAAGUAGAUGGCAAGACGGAGAGCAUCAUGAAGAGAACAGCCCUGGUGGCCAAUACUUCCAACAUGCCUGUCGCUGCCAGAGAGGCCUCCAUCUACACAGGAAUCACACUGUCCGAGUAUUUCCGAGACAUGGGAUACAACGUGAGCAUGAUGGCAGACUCCACCUCCCGUUGGGCCGAGGCUCUCCGUGAGAUUUCCGGCCGUCUGGCUGAGAUGCCUGCUGACAGUGGUUAUCCUGCCUACUUGGGUGCCAGGCUUGCCUCCUUCUACGAGCGUGCAGGCAGAGUGAAGUGUCUGGGUAACCCUGAGAGAGAGGGCAGCGUCAGUAUUGUGGGAGCUGUUUCCCCUCCUGGUGGUGACUUUUCUGAUCCUGUCACGUCGGCCACACUUGGUAUUGUUCAGGUGUUCUGGGGUCUGGACAAGAAGCUGGCUCAAAGGAAGCACUUCCCCUCCGUCAACUGGCUCAUCAGCUACAGCAAAUACACUCGCGCCCUAGAUGAGUAUUACGACAAACACUUUCCCGAGUUUGUGCCCCUGCGAACGAAGUCGAAGGAGAUUCUACAGGAGGAAGAGGACCUGGCUGAGAUUGUGCAGCUUGUUGGAAAGGCUUCCCUGGCAGAAACUGAUAAAAUCACGUUGGAAGUGGCCAAACUGAUUAAAGAUGACUUCCUGCAGCAGAACGGUUACACUCCUUAUGACAGGUUCUGCCCCUUCUACAAGACAGUUGGCAUUCUGUCCAACACGAUCGCUUUUUAUGACUUGGCACGGCACGCGGUGGAGACCACAGCUCAGAGCGACAACAAGAUCACCUGGGCCAUGAUCAAGGAGCACAUGGGAGAAAUCCUCUACAGGCUCAGCUCCAUGAAAUUCAAGGACCCCGUGAAGGAUGGCGAAGCCAAGAUAAAGGGAGACUACGCACAGCUGUUGGAGGACAUGCAGAACGCCUUCCGUACAUUGGAGGAAUAGAACUCCGACUGUCCCAGCCUUCUACUUUCCACCUCCUGACCCCUCCACUGCAAAAUCACAUUCCACCUCCACGUAUUCCCAGACGCCGUGUGCUCCCCUGUGCUCCUUCGUGACUGACUGUGUGGACGUAUGCGUGCAGUUUCAUGUGGAGGGAAAAGAGAAAGAUGUACUGUAUUAAUUAUAUGUUGCCUCACAUAAGGCGUACUCUGGAUCCUCUGCAUGGUCAUUGAUCGUGUGUGUGUGGGUGUUUGUGAGUUAAAUGCGUGUCAGAUGGAUCACUUCACCCUGAUUCUCCUUAUUCUCUGUUUACAUGAUUUCAGUGUGUAGACGUGUUGCUUUCUCCGAAGAAGACUGUUCGGUUGAUGUAUUGUAAUUCAUAGACCAUCUGUACAGAAGAGUAAUGAAUAUAAAUUUAAUAAGAUCAGUCUAUUUAUUGCCAGCGUUUUGAUGUAGAGCCUUUCUCUUUGUUUUUAUGGUUGUGUUUCACGCUGUGACGUGCUGUGUAAUGUGCUGCGUGGAUGUGUAAGCAGCAGACUGAUGCCUUGCUGUCCACCUGUUUCAUCGUGUUACUCCCAGAGAAUUAAAACAUGGAGGAAAUGAGA